CGUAGCGCACGCACCGGGCCCAGCAGCUGCCGCAGGACUCAUCAAUGGGGUGCGGCGCAUCGAUCCCCGCGGUCCUCGCACCGCAGCAGCCCCCGACCGGUGCAUACCUCUUCGGGACGGCGACCGGCGGCGGCGAGGCCACGUUUACGCUGCCCGAGUAUGAGAAAUCAAAGCCGGGCAGCGUGCUGCCCUUGUCGCUCGAUGGGCAGACCAUCGCGCAAAUUGACGGCCGUUCGCUCAUGAAGGACUAUGGUAGGGCCUCGACCGCCGAGAUGAUGGCGCACCUGACGCCCGUCAAAGGCGCGGACGGUAAACUCGUGGCGCUCGUACAGCCCAUCCCCCUAAUACGGCCGAGCCAAACCGCGUGCUUCCAGUGUUCGUCAAACAUCUUAAGCACGGUGCCGCGCGUGGAGGGGCUCACCCCUGUCUUGGAGCACGACGGCGUCGCACUCUACCCGUGGGCUACCGUCUCGCCGAUGAUGUCAUGGAUGAGCCAGUACAGUACCGACAUCCGACUCGCGACUCCCGGCGGCUUCGAGCGCUUUGCCACGAUCGGCUUCGUCUCUAGUUGUGGCAACACCCAGACGUACGGUGGCGUGCUCAAAUUGGCCGACGGCGCCGUUGUUGCCAAGUUUUCACGCGCGAAAGGAGUCACGAGCUAUACGGCGGCUACCGGUGUCGACGUUGGCCUCUUUGUCGCCGCCCACGUCGCCAGCGUUAAGAUCAUGCGCGACUCGAUCAACCCGGCGUGAUCGAUAUUUAUUUAAUUAUUCAAGUUUAUUUCACAAACACAACAGCACAUAC